UCACCUUCAACUAGAAAAGAAGAAGAAAAAAAAAACUCUUACUCCUCUGUUUCAUCGAACUCUUCACAUUGCUUCUUUAUCUUCUUCAAAGCUUCCAACUUUUUUUUGUUUCUUUCUUAAAAAUGGCGAAACUGAAGAAGUUAUCCACAGGUCAAAAAAUGGGUUGUGAGAGUGUCCUUGGAUGUAUUUUCCAAAGCUGGAGCCCUAGCCGGAGAAAACCCUCUUUACCGGAAAAAGAUCACAGGGUAAAAGAUAACUUGCUUGCCAAGUCAACAUCCACCAUUACAGACCCUAAAAUCCUCCCUAGAGUGUCCACCGAUACUUCUUCUCAACCAAAGAAAUCUGAUUCCCAGAAACCCCAACAAAAGCCAAAUUCCGACGAGAGCCACCCGAGGAAAUCAUCAGAUUCCGCAAGAAAAUCAUCAGAUUCCGCAAAGAAAUCGAUUUCAUCGGGCUCGUCAAGAACAGAGAGCAAGAGAUUCUCUCUUAACGGCGUCAUGGGAAACAUCAUCGUGAAACCACAGCCCGCCGUUAAACCUGACGUCUCGCAGACGAAAAGCCGGUGGGAGGGCAAGCCUGUAAAUUACAGACUCGAUCCAGAGGCUCUCAAGAGAAUGGGAAACGAAGAGUAUUGUCGUGGGAGGUUUGCACAAGCUCUUGUGUUUUACGAGAGAGCCAUCUCAGCUGACCCCAAAACGCCGACGUAUUGGUGUAACAAAUCAGCCGCUUUGAUCAGUCUCGGUCGUCUUCUUGAAGCUUCUGAUGCUUGUGAAGAAGCUUUAAGACUAAACCCAACCUAUGAGAGAGCCCAUCAGAGACUCGCUUCCCUCCAACUCAGAUUGGGUGAGGUUGAAAAAGCUUUGUGUCAUUAUAACGAAGCUGGAAAAUAUACAGAGACAAAACAUAUAGAACAAGUUGAAGAUGUUAUAAAAUGCUUAAAGAGAUGCGAUGAAGCUCGAAGAUCAAAGGAAUGGAAUGUUGCGUUGAAAGAGACUCUUUUUGCGAUAUCAUAUGGAGCCGAUUCUUCUCCUCGGGUCUAUGCGCUACAAACCGAGGCUUUGUUGCAUCUUCAGCGACAUGAGGAAGCGUACAGCGUGUACCAGAAAGGAACAAAACGCUUCGAGAUCGAUAGUUUCAUAAAGAUUUUUGGUCUUUCCAUCACUUCUUACCUCUUAAUGGUCGGAGCUCAGGUAUACAUUGCAGUAGGAAGAUUUGAAGAUGCAGUAACCGCGUCAAGGCAAGCGGCUCGACUGGAUCCAAGCAGCGAAGAAGUAAACGUGGUAGCUAAAACAGCAAGAGCGGUUGCUUCAGCGAGACUGAGCGGAAACUUGCUUUUCAACGCGUCAAAAUUCGAAGGGGCUUGCGUGGUUUACACGGAAGGACUAGAGAAAGAUCCCUAUAAUGCCCUCUUGCUAUGUAACAGAGCUGCCUCAAGAUUCAAGCUUGGUCUGUUCGAGAAAGCCAUUGAAGAUUGCACAUUGGCUCUCAGUCUCCAGCCCUCCUACAGAAAGGCGAGACGGCGCAGGGCUGAUUCUUAUGCCAAGUCUCUUCAUCUCCAGGUGUCUCCAUCAACAACAACUCAUAUUCUUGAAUCGCGUGUUGCCAUUUCUCCAACUACAUAUCCGGUUUAGGAAGCAGACCGGCAGAAAUGUCCAGUUUAAAGGAAUCGGCUCGGAUUUAGUUGUGGUUAAUUGAAAUGGGAGAUAAAUUGGCUAAGCCAAAAUUUGUAGAGUUUUAAGAGAUUUUUAAAUGAUUUUGUUGUGUUUGCGUGUUUGUUUGCCUCUUUUGGGUUUUUGCUAAUCUCAAAAUUUUCUCAUUUCAGGAGAUUUUUAAGAAAGUUUGUUUUUACCAAUCAAAAUUUUGUAUCAAUUGGUCAAGACUAACACAAAAUUACAUCAUAAGGGAAAAAGUCUUGUGAUUUCUCUAAUAUAUUUUCAUAAACCCAUUAUUAAAGCUUUGAAUUUUGUGAUUUUUGAGACCUCUGUUCAUAGA